UUCCUCCUACGGUUCAUCAACAUCCUUUCUAUUAUCGUCUUCACUCAUUCUCUUUUACUCUCGUUUUGCUUGCACAUAUCAAAAUCAAUUUCUGAUCCCAAAAUGAACGAUCUAAUGACCAAGUCCUUCACCAGCUACGUGGAUCUAAAGAAAGUUGCGAUGAAAGACGUUGAUUUGGAAGCGGGUAUGGCUGUUCCUCCCGAUGUGGAACUCACCUCUUCCAUAACCCUCUUGGACACUGACAUGGGAAUCUUCUUGGAAGAAGCUGAGAAGGUGAAGACUGAAAUGGGGUCCCUCAGAGACAUCCUCGGCAGCUUGCAGCAGGCCAACGAGGAGAGCAAGUCUCUGCAUAAGGCUGAGGAGCUCAAAGCACUAAGGAGCAGGAUCAACGCCAACAUUGUUGCAGUCCUAAAGAAGGCCAGGGCGAUUCGGACCCAGCUCGAGGAGAUGGACAGGGCCAACGCCGCCAACCGGAGGCUCUCCGGUCUCAAGGACGGCACGCCGGCCAUCUACCGUACCCGGAUCGCUGUCACCAAUGGACUGAGGAAGAAGCUGAAGGAGCUGAUGAUGGAGUUCCAGGGGUUGAGGCAGAGGAUGAUGAGUGAAUACAAGGAUACUGUGGGGAGAAGGUACUUCACAGUGACUGGGGAGUACCCAGAUGAGGAGGUGAUUGAGAAGAUCAUUGCAAAUGGUAAUGAGGAAGAGAUUUUAGGGAAGGCGAUUCAGGAGCAUGGGAGAGGGAAGGUUCUGGAAACUGUGGUGGAGAUUCAGGAUAGACAUGAUGCUGCUAAGGAAGUGGAGAAGAGUUUGCUGGAGCUGCAUCAGGUGUUUCUGGACAUGGCUGUGAUGGUUGAGGCACAGGGUGAGAAAAUGGAUGACAUUGAGCAUCAUGUGUUGCACGCUUCGCACUAUGUUAAGGAUGGGACCAAGAAUCUCCACACUGCAAAGCAUUACCAGAAGAAUAGCAGGAAGUGGUUGUGUAUUGGGAUCAUAUUGCUGCUCAUUCUUAUUCUGGUUAUUGUUAUUCCUGUUGCCACCAGUUUAAGCGGUUCUUGAGUGUUUUUGGUUAUGGCAUUUUAUGGAGGGAUUCGGGUUUGAAUGAUUCUUCUUGAUUCAUCAGUCCCAUAUUUAUGCUCUUUUGUAAAUUUUGUUUUCCUUAGUACUCUAUGUAUGAUUCAUCUUGUAUUUUUGGCAGAAGUUAAGGUUACUAUUUAUACAAUUUAAUAGUAAACUGCAUCUUUAAUUA